UCCCCGGGCCUGCGGGGCUCUCCCGGCUGCUCGCACCCCCGGAGUCGGUGGUGGCCGUGGGUUCUGCUCUUGGGGCGGUCCGGGGAGCCGCUGAACGUGGUGACGGGACAGAGAAGGAGGAUCUGGUGAUAUUUGUCAUGAGUGGAAUUAUGUGGAACAAUGUGGAAACACAGGAACUUGAACCAUACACACAAAAAUAGGCUGCCCACACUUCCUUUGCUCGUGGCCUCCUUCCAAUGUCAGCAGUGGCAGAUUGAGUCUUUUGGAUGCUAUUUCUCUGGUUCUGACUCUUCUUCAUCCCUCUUCUCCCGUUAAGGACGCAUCUCAGUAAUCCAGGAUACUCUCAUUUUAAGGAUUAAAAGGAUUUACCAUACAUCUUAUGACUCUUUACUGGAGCCUUGGGAGAUAGAUAUGUUUUCUAUAAGUGGAGCAUAGUUGGAUUUCAUAGUUGGAUUUUUUAACCUAAUGGGAGGAACCUUUGUCUUUUAACAGCCGGGUCAUGGAGAAUGUCUCCCAUCAUUUAUCUUCUUGAAACUUCACUAUGAUAAAAAUUCUCAGGAUGCUGUGGCUAACACUUCGAUCUUACUGCUCUUCUGCUGAAUCUUAAGCAGUUUCAAGGCAAAUUGUUAUUCAAGUCAAAGACAUCAUAAUGCAGAGUGCUUUCUCAGUACCACCAAAAGAUCAAGGAGGUGUUUCCCUGCUCACCAGUCCUGUUGAGAAACAGCUGACUCAGAAGAAGUCAGAAUCUCCUGGAAAGACAGCAUGCACAGGUGAAUCAAACAGCCCUCCUGGAACGAUUCAGGGUGGGAAGGGUCUGCAGGGUAAGAGUCAGUUUAGAACCAUCGCUCCAAAACUUGCGCCCCAAGUCCUGGCGCCCAGAAUGCUCCCGGGCCCGGCGCCCUCCCUCUCUGACCACGCGCAUCCAGGCCCGUCCCUCGGCUCGAAGGCCCUGGGGAUGCCCCCCCAGAAUUAUGCGCUGAUGCAGGUGGCCGGCCAGGAAGGGACCUUCUCUCUCGUCGCUCUGCCACACGUCGCCUCGGCUCAGCCACUCCAGAAACCCAGACUGCCUCUGCCCAAGAACCUGAAGGUGCCCAUCCCCCGGUACCAACGCCCAGGACAUAGCAAAGGAGCCAGAAAGAAACCGGGGUUCAGCUCCUCCGACAGGGGCUGUAGCCAAGCUCCCGCCCAAACCCAAGCGGCCCCUGCCCUGCCUGAGCAUCCCGAGGCCCCGCACAAGCCCAGCCCACCCAAGCCGGCGCUGGCACCCGGCCAGGCCCAGGCCUCGCUGACCAAUGGGGGUGGCCAUGGAGACCCUGGGCCUCCAGGGACCAGCGACCACGGAGGUCGGGACCCUCCCGCCGCCCCAGCGCUGUCCACACCGGAGGAGCCCUCUGCCGAGCGGGGCCUCCCGAAGAGUUCAGGGAGAGCAGGCGUUGCAGGCAAGAAGCCCUCCAGGAAGCCUGCUGUUUCCAGGGGAGAACUUAGAGAACAGGUCGACCUUGCCAGAGCCGCGAGCCAUUUGUCGCCAGGCGUUACUGGAAACGCGCUUCAGGUGGUCUCUUCCAUCCCCGGAGGUAAGGUGCCCAUCCUGCCCUACUCAAGAACGAGGGCAUCGCAAGUUUACAAAGGCGGAGCAGCUGUGAACCUUGCGGAUGUUUCUCUCCCUGGGCUCGGGGCAGCCGGUGAUAAGACCUCCUCCGUCCCGGAAGGCUUCUGUUCGGCCCCCCAGGUGGCCGACAGGGGACCUGCCCCACAGGCGUCGAGGCAGAGCCCCUGCGACAGGGCCUACUGUCCGGCCACCAAAGCCGACCUCAACCACAAAACAAAACCGAACGGCGGGGCAGCCAAGAGAAGAGGAAGAAAACGGAAAGUCCCGGAUGAACUUCUGACAUUUCAGGGUAAAAGGAGGAAAUGUGUCAUUAAUAAGUGUAAAGAUGGCAAAGAAAGAGCCAAAGCCGAUCCCCAAGAAUCCAAGGACCAAAAACCUGGGGCUGUGAAAAAGUACCGUAGCAUCAUGCCCAAACCUGUCCUGGUCCUCCCGGCCCUGGCUCCCCUGGCCUCGCCCGCGGCCACGUUACAGCCCCCCGCGCCCGGCAGCCGGGGGCACGCGUCGUUCAAUCACUCCCUCGCCCCCAAGCAUCCGGGCGGCAGGCCGGGCGAAGGCCCCUCCCCGAAGCCCAGCUCGGCCUUCAGAAAUGGGUUCUCCGGCCUCAAGAAGCCUUGGCACGGAUGCCACGUGUGCGAGCACACCUUGCAGCCCAAGCAGCACCUCCGCGAGCACGCCAGCACGCACGCCGACAGCCGGCCCUACAGCUGCCGCCUCUGCCGCAAAGCCUACAUGCGGCUGGGCAGCCUGAGCGCACACGUGCGGCUGCAUCACGGCGACUCCCGGCCCAGGAGGCUCGUGUGCUGCGAAUUCUGCGCGAAGGUGUUCGGCCACGUCAGAGUCUACUUCGGCCACCUGAAAGAGGCGCACGGGGUGGCCGUCAGCACCGAGCCGCAGCCGCAGCCGCAGCCGGGGGACCUGCUGAGGACCAGGAAGCAGACUGCCCGAGGGAUGGAGGGACCGGUGGACAGGGAGACCAAGUCCAGCCUGGAAGAAGACCUCCUACUGAACCAGGCUGACGAGGUCAAAUUCCAGAUCAGAUGUGGCCGCUGCCAGAUCACUGCCCAGUCUUUUGCUGAAAUCAAGUUCCACCUGCUUUACGUUCAUGGAGAGGAGAUCCAGGGCCAGUUGCAAGAGGAGAUCUCACCCUCCCUGGGAAGCAGGGGCGCUCAGGGAGAACUGGUUCCACAGGCUGCUCCUUUCUGGAAACAUCCUGAGAGAAGAAAGCAGCUUAAGCACCGUCCCUUGGACGGGGAACUCUGUGCAGUCCCCAGAUUGAAAAAGCAGCUCUACCUCCGUCAUCAGAAUGAUGUGGAGAUACUUGCGAAACAUGAAGGCGCCCAGCCAGGAUCCAGUGAGCCCGGAGGACACCCCCAGGUCCCCGAGGGCCCCGGCCCCGACGCUGCCCUCUCCCCGCCCCGGCCUGGCUUUAACUGCGUCCUUUGUGCACAGACGCUGGGGAGGAGGGAAGAACUGCUCCUGCACUGGGAAGAGCAGCACAAGUGCGAGGACCCGCCGACUCUCUGGACGCUUCUCGGCGCGCUCUCCAGCCAGGGCGCCGUCCAGCGUUCCGGCGAAAGCGGAAAGUGAGAGAGACCGGAAAAUGAGACGGCGAGCCGAGGGGGAAGGGGAGGCGCUCUCUCCGCUUCCUCUGUUCUGUGGAGGUGCUUUACGACAGAAAUCAAGCAAGUUAGGGUCAGCAUUAGUGAGCAGAAGUGAUUUCUGUACAUACUUUUAUUCUUUUAUGAAAUAUAUAUGUACAUAUGCCCUUGAUGCAUAUUUUUCUAACAUAAUGCAGUUUUAUUUUAAAAUUCUAUGUCCUGUUAGUAUCUGAGACUUUAUUUCAGAUUCAAUAAAAAGAUAAAUUUGCAGAUUGAAAUGUAGAGUAUUAUAGGCUAUUCUUCAAGUACAGUUUUUAGUAAA